UUAGUGAAACUGUUGGGAAGACAACGUUGGAGAAACGUGAACAUUUUAUUUUCUCCACCAUAGAUCAUUUAUUUAACCCUGAUUUUAACAGCUCCCAAAGAACCCCCACAGACUCACUCUGUGAGCAGUUUGCAGACCACUUCAGGGGAAAAAUCAGCGCCAUCAGAUGUGAUAUUUUAUCUUCUCGUGAUAUGAUUUUAAACACAUCUGAGGGCUCGAUUGUACCUGAGGAGACACUGGACAGCUUUGUCCUGGUUAAUGCUGAAAACCUUAAGAAUGUUUUCUCCACAGUGAGACCCACCACAUGUCUUUUAGAUCCAAUCCCCUCUUUACUUUUUAAAACACUUUACAGGGCUCUAGAGUGCGACCAAUUUGGUCGCAAAUGCGACCAAAUUUCUCAAUAAUGCGACUAAAAAAAAAAAACUUGGUCGCACCGUAUUUUCUCGGGAGAAAUCACAAUAAAAAGUUUCCGCAACUCUGAAACUCUCCGUGUGUUCAACAACAGACACACAUUGUGCCCAUGUCGUGUUCUAAACCAAUCAGAGAUAGUCAAAGGCGGGGACCUCUGUGAUUGGCCGUGGUCCAGAUAUUCCUGCAGGCCUCGUAUGUUUACGUUUGAAAGUGCGGGCAGAUAGAGAAGGGUGAGUAGCCAGGUCCGAUAGAAGUGUAUGAAGUUGGUAUUGAGAAAAUAUGAAAAGAACAAUUGAUAACUUUUUCGUUAAGUUAAGGCCUGAUCAGUCCAAAAUUCUGAGCCAGCGCUCUGACACGGAGCCAUCAACCUCUCAGUUUUUGUCAAACACUGGUCCGGAGACGGCAUCAAAAAAUGAGCCACAUACAAUCGACUCCCAGCCGGAGCCCAGUGAAAGUAAAAGUGAAAAAAUGUAUAAAUUUCGAAUCGAGUGGCUUGACCAGUUUCCCUGGCUAAGAUACAGCCAAGCUGACAAUAUGAUGCACUGCAUUUAUUGUCGCGAGUGUGGAAAGACCAUGGCCGGCAACACUGCAUUUGUCACUGGUGCUAAUACGUUUCGACUUGAAACGCUGAAAAAGCAUACAGUAUCGAGAAAACACAUUAUAUGCCGCGAUAAAUGCACUGCCCAAAUGUCCCCUCUUCCCACUGCCUUUCAGCGGCAGGCAGGAGUAAACAGGUCAUCGGAGGAGGCCGAGAUGAUCAUUAAGUUUAACAUCGCCUACAAUAUUGCAAAAGAAGAAGUUCCGUUUACUAAGUUCAAGUCAGAAAUAACUCUUCACAAGAAAAAUGGCUUGGACAUAAACCCCACAUACAGCAAUGAUGUUGCGUGCGCCCAGUUUAUAGGCGUCAUCGCUGACACACUGAAAAAAAAGACGUCAGUGGAAAUUGCGAACAGUGCAUACAUGGCAUUCCUGAUCGAUGGAGACACAGACAUCGCCACAAAAGAAUGCGUCAUUGUGUACGCUCGUAUCUUGCAAAAAGGAAGACCAGUGAAUAUACUGAUUGGACACAUUGAGGUCGAGCAUGCCCAUGCCAAAGGUGUUUAUGCUGCCUCAAAGAAAGCAUUUGCUGCUCUUGGGGACCAGUGCAGUAACUGGUUGGAGAAAAUCAUUGCUAUGGGGGCUGAUGGUGCUGCUGUUAACUUGGGCAGCAAAGGGGGUGUCAUAGCCCUUCUGCAGCAGGAGGCAGGUGACCACAUUGUGCCAUUCCACUGUAUGCCUCACAGAUUGGAAUUGGCAAUGUUGUCAGUUCAGAGGGACAUUCCAAUGAUCAGGCAGUUGUAUGACCUUCUCCAUUUAAUUUGGAAGACGUACCAUUUCAGCCCAAAAUCAAUGAGAGAGCUCAGGGUCAUUGGGGCUGACUUGGGAGUAAAUGUGCUGGUGCCCAGUGGGGUGAAGGGAACAAGGUGGCUCCCACAUGUUUCAAGAGCCCUGGAGACCUUUCUGAAACCAGGCCAGUUCACUACUGUGUACCGCCACAUGGACUAUUUGGCAGGUUCCUCUGCCAAUGUAGACAUUGCAGGCCGAGCUACAAAGGUUAAGAAAUCAAUGGAAGAUGCCACUUUUGUGGCCUUUUGCCAUUUUAUUACAGAUGUGUUCAGUGGCAUUAGUAAGUUUAGCCUCCUACUUCAAAGAAAUGAUGUCAUCCUACCACAGGUCAUUUGCAGCCUGGAACAACUGCUGGUGACCACAGAGGUAAUGGUUGCAAGACCCAAGCCUCAUGGAAGACUGUCAGAGUUCCUGACUGAUAUGAGGCUGCAGAGGAGGCUAAAGCAGGAUAAAGAGGGUGAAAUGGCAGUCUACAAAUUCCAGACAAUAACACUCAAAGGAGAGGCAUCAAAUCUGGCUGAAGAUGGUGUUGCUGCCACUAAACUUAAAAAAGUAAUGGAUGCAACAAUCAAAUCCACUGUGAAAAAUCUGAAAGCAAGAUUCAGUAGUCUCCUAGAGGAGAGUGCUUCUGAGUCAGCCACAACCAAAGCUGUCAAAUGCUUCAACAUUUUCACUCAUGAUAGCUGGCCAGAGAACAAAGAGGAUUUAGUGGACCAUGGUGCUGAUGACCUUGCUUUUCUCUUGGAUCACUUCUCCACAGUCCUGAGAAGAAAUAGUGUAAAUGCAGAGCUUGCAAAAGAAGAGUUUGUAAGUUUGAAGCUGUUAAUUGCCAAGAUGUUCAAAGACAAGACCUACCUCAGCCUUUGGGAGCUCAUGUUGACCAGAGAGCCGUACUGCUCAGAGUACAAGAACAUCCUGCAUCUUGUACACAUUAUGCUGGUCCUACCUGUCUCAGCUGCGGUAUGUGAAAGAGGGUUCUCUGCACAGAAGAGAAUUAAAUCAGACACAAGAGCAUCCCUUCAUUCAGAGACAGUGGAUGACCUGAUAAGAAUCAGUGUGGAGGGGCCAAGUCUGGAAGAUUUUGAUGCUAGAGAGAGUGUGGCAAGCUGGUUCACCCAAGGUGAAAGAUCAAGAAGACCAAAUUACAGGAGCUGGCCAUCUGAGGGGCAUGUGACUGCAAUGGAGGACAGUUCAUAAGAUAACAAGUUGUUCGGAUAUUGAAAUGUUCAGAUUGAAGCCUUUGACACUUUGAGUAACUUUUUAAUUUAGAUGUUUUUUUUAUUUAAUAUAUCUUGAGAUGUUUUAAAUUUCUUUAAUGUUGAAAUUUCAGCCCAGUGAAGAACUUUAAGCACAAGCAUGUUUAAGUAAUCUUUCUUGUAGAACUUUGCUACAAAUAAAGAGCUUUGUGUUGAAA